AUCACUUCCAGACAUCCCAGCCCGUCCCUCUGCACAAUGAAGCUCAGCUCUACAAACCACCGCAUACCUCUGAGCGAUGGAAAUAGCAUUCCCAUCAUCGGGCUUGGUACCUACUCUGACCCUAAGUCGACCGUGAAGGGGGCCUGCACCGCAUCCGUGAAAACUGCCAUCGACGUGGGCUACCGGCACAUCGACGGGGCUUACAUCUACGGAAACGAGCAUGAGGUGGGGGAGGCGAUCCGGGAGAAAAUAGUGGAAGGAAAGGUGCGGAGGGAGGACAUCUUUUACUGCGGAAAGCUGUGGGCUACAAAGCUUGAGCCGGAGAUGGUCCGCCCAACCCUAGAGAAGACGCUCCAGCUUCUCCAGUUUGAUUAUGUGGAUCUUUACAUCAUUGAAAUGCCCAUGGCUUUAAAGCCUGGAGAUGAAACCUAUCCUAGAGAUGAGAAUGGUAAAUGGUUAUAUCACAAGUCUAAUCUGCGUGCCACUUGGGAGGCUUUGGAAGCUUGCAAAGAUGCUGGCUUGGUGAAAUCCCUUGGAGUGUCCAACUUUAACCGAAGGCAGCUGGAGCUCAUCCUGAACAAACCAGGACUCAAAUACAAGCCUGUUAGCAACCAGGUUGAGUGCCACCCGUAUUUCACCCAGCCAAAACUCUUGAAAUUUUGCCAACAGCAUGACAUUGUCAUUGUCGCAUACAGCCCUCUGGGGACUGCCAGGAACCCAUCCUGGGUGAACUUGUCUUCUCCACCUUUGUUAAAGGAUGAGUAUUUAAACUCACUGAGGAAAAAGUACAAUAAGACAGCAGCUCAAAUUGCUUUGCGUUUCAACAUCCAGCGAGGGGUGACUGUCAUUCCUAAAAGCUUUAAUCCCGAAAGGAUUAAAGAAAACUUCCAGAUCUUUGACUUUUCUCUCACUGAAGAAGAAAUGAAAAACAUUGAAGGUUUGAACAGAAAUGUCCGCUUUGUGGACAUGCUCAUGUGGAGUGAUCAUCCCGAGUACCCAUUUCAUGAUGAAUAUUGA